UGUAAUCCGGUGUGUGAGUUUGGUCAAGUGUGUGUCAACGGCUACUGUCAAGACGUAGAGCAACAGUUGAUGGCCGCAACUCCGGCACCAACCCAACCUCCGCCACCUGCUCCGACAACAGCUCCACCACCGGCUCCUCCAAGUAUGAGCUUUUUUUGCGAUCUGAAUCUUUAAAUGGCUAUAAGAUUCAGUGCUAA